AUGGCGCAAAAAGCGGCCAAGUCCCUGGCCGUGCGCAACACGAGUCGUCUGAAGCAAACCCAUCUCAUCACUCUGGCGAUCCAUGCCGUGUUCCUCAUCUUGCGAUUCACCUUCCGCCGAUCCUUGUCUCUGAAGCGCUACGUGUUUCUCUCCGCACCAGGCCUGGCGAUUGAGUUCUAUCUCGAACGUCUGGCUCGCCCGACCUACAAACCUGACGGCUCUCUGCACCGGGCAGGAGAAGAUCUGGAUGCGGCAGGGUUGACCGAGUUCAUGUGGGAUAUCCUGUAUUGGACCUGGAUCAACCUGAUCUUCGUCGUCGUGUUCGGCAACCGGGCAUGGUGGCUCUACCUCGUCGUACCUGGCUACGCGAUCUAUUCCGCCGUCACCACCGCGAGUGGACUGAAGUCCAUGCUCGGUGGCAUGGCUGGUGCAGGUGCAGGUGGAGAGAACGAUGCGCAGAGUAAAAGACAGGCAAAGAUGGAAAAGAGAGGUGGCCAGCGUGUCGCCUACCGGUGA